CUUCCAUUCAUCUCUUCACGCCGCCGCCGCCGCGGUACCCUGCCCGGCCCGCUGAGAGGAUGCCAUUCCCUGUGGACAUGUUGAACAGCUACAGUCAUGAAGACUUGGAGAGCUCAGCAGAGAACUACGUGUCUCACCUUCGGUGUGGGAAUCCAAACCAUCCUGAAUUCUUGUCUCUGCCAGACCACAGCAAAAUUCCUAUUAGCUUGUCAACUGUGGGCUUCGUUCCUCUUUAUGGUGAAGAGCAGACACACAAAGUUCUUGCUUUGUUUGCACCAGGGGACUCACUCACAGCUGUAGCCCUGUAUCUUGCUGACCAGUGGUGGUCAAUUGAUGACAUUGUGAGAACAUCUGUCCCUGCUAGACAGGGGCUUCAUCAGGUGAAAUCUGUUGGAGAGAGGGUUGUUCUCUAUGUUCUGAAUCGAAUUAUCUAUCGGACGCAAGAAAUGGAAAGAAAUGAGAUCCCUUUUCUCUGUCAUGGUAGCAAUGACUAUGCUAAGAUCAUGUGGAAAAAAGGAGAGGCUAUUGGGUUCUAUUCUGUUAAACCUACAGGAAGUGUUUGUAGGUCUUAUCGUGGUCAGAGUUAUAAGCUGCCAGUGCUAGACACAAUGUUUGUAAGAAAGAAUCAUCGUGGGAAAGACUCUGAGCUAAUCAUGUUGGAAGACUUCGUGGAUUCCUUUACUGAAAAGUUGCUUGGCUUACGAUACCCGCUGUCAUCCUUCAUGUACACAGCUUGUAAGCAAUAUCUUGAGAAGUACCCUGGGGAUCAUAACCUUUUGUGGGAAGUGGAGGGAGCAGGAUAUUGGUUCCAGAGAACAUCUGUUACAUAUAUAUUGCAAAGCAAAAAGCUCAGAAUUGCAGCAGCAGAGGCCUCACAGAAAGAAAAUAAGAGUUUCCAAGCAGAGGCUCAUUUUCAGCAGUCUGCAGCAGUAUCUGAAGCAAGUGGACAGAAGACUGAGCUAGAAACACAGCUAAGUGCUGACUCUCAGAAAGGUAAAGAAUCAAUAGAUGUCCAUGCAAGCACAUCUAAAGACCCUAACAUAGCUCCUGUUUCCAUUUGGAUACGAAGCGGUAAUUUAAAACGUCCCAGGAUAGGAAAAAAUAGCCAGGAAUCUGAACCUGAAACUUCCCGAGGAGAUAAGGGAAAUGCUCUUCAUGUGUCAAAAAGCAGGAUGGAACUUCCUGCCGACACAUCUGAAAGCUCUGAAGACUUAGCAGAAGUACAUGAGGAGAGUACUGUUGAGGAGGAUGAGGAAACGAUUGUUGAAAAUGAGGGCCAGUCUGUAUUAAAAGUGGAGCUACAUGUAUCACCCCCUGAGAAACGAAGUGAGAAGGAGGAAACUCCAUUAGAACCUCUUAAUGGUGAGGUAACAGAAGAAACUGGUAAGACCUCACUUAUGGCUGAAGAGGAAACAGGAAAAGAAGUUCUAAGUGGUGAAUCAAAAUUGCAGUCUGAAAGUCAAGGAGAAGAACCCUUAACGCUGUUUGUUCCGUUAAUCCUUGAGUCUCCGGAAAAACCUUCAGAAGACACUGUAUCAGAGAAGGUUUUAAAUGCAAAUGAUUCAGAAGUGCUGACUGUAGAAGGUACAUCAGUAGAGGAGGAGGGCACUGAAGAACAGCAAGAAUCUGAAAAGACCGCCACUGAAAAUGCAGCUGCUUCAGCAUCAAGGGAAGAGCCCUCUGACAAUGGCCUGCCCAACUCUGUGGUAACUGAAGCAGCAGAAGAAUCUGUCUCUGAAAACUUAUCACCCAAAACAGCUUCCUCAUUGGAAGAUCAAAAUGAGGAAGGAGGGCAGAACUCUCAGGAGGCCCCUGUUGCCUUGGGUCAGAGCUCUUUGAUAGUGGUUGAACUUGACGGUGUUUCUUUUCAGCAGCCUUCUGGACAGGAAGGACAGAAGAACCAGUUGGAAGAGCGCUCAGAAGAGUCUGCUGAGCGCAUGGAUCAGUACACGCAAACAGCAGCGGAGCAGGCUGCUGACAGCAGCUCUGAGGAAGCAGAAAUUGAAGUACCCAUUGUGGAUCGGAGAAACCUGCGAAGAAAGGCCAAAGGCUACAAAGGUCCACCCAAGAAAAAAGGAAAGCCAGCUUAAAAAUGAAAUAUUGAUUGUUAAUUCAUGUAUUUAUAAGAAAGUUAUUAUUUUGUGUAAGACACUAGGGUGUAACUAAACCAUAUGGGACACGGGAGACACGUGUUUAAAAUUCUGGGUUGGACUUCGUCUUGGGAUUCAUCACCUUUCCUCAAGUUUUCUUGAAUUUUUAACCACUAGACAUUGAGCUUCAUCAGAGUAUGAAAGUAAACAGCCAGUCUCCUCCUUUUAUAAAGGAUACAUGCUGAAUAAAUACAGUUGUGCUAGCAAAGGGAACAGUUUGCAUAUUUGAGGUGGCAGUCAUGGAAGAAAAAUGCAGCAUGAAAUCCUGGCCCUAUCAAGGUCCCUUAAAUUCCCAUAGACUUCCAUGAGGCCAGACAUCACUCUAGCAUUUUUUUUUCUUAAAUAACUUUGUGUUCUGUACUGUGGAGAGAAGCAGGAAAAGAAAAAUCCUUCCUCACUUCUUGUUCCCUCUGCAUAGGCUUUCUCAGAUGAGAUUGAAAGAAUGUAAGAUUCUGUAAUUCUAGGUCUCAAAAUAUACAAGAAGGUAUAACUCAGUAGAUGAAAACAACAUAAGCAGCAUCUGUCUUGAAACAGCUGAGUCAGCAGAAACAUUGUCAGCGCAGUAUCUGCCAUGGUGCACUCUGAUAAUGAAGUUCUUUAUGUGAAGAUUAGGAGAUGCCUACACAGUAAACUACUUGUAGCUUCCAAAGCGAGCAUCUUGGUAAGCCUAAGUUUUUUCCAGAGUGUAUGGAGUGUAGACUCCAGUACAUACAUGGAAUUGUUUGAACUGCCUUCCUAACUACUUGCAUGUGUUGAGUGGAUACUUGAUUACUUGUUACAUUACAGGAAAAGGAUAUGACAACUUUUGAUCUCAUUUUGGCCUGGAUGGAAGUGGUGCUUUGUGUUUUCCAAAGACUCGGCUGGUGCUGUGGGGUAACUAUUAAAACAUUGUGUCUGCCAGGUAUGUGACUCCUGUGAGUGCUGGCGUUUCAGGCAGUUGGGACAUUGCUUAGUGUGAAUAUUAGUGGGUGUUUCAGCAAAGGCUUGUUUGCCAAACUUCUGUGCCUUUAGGGGUUAGCAGGUAGGUGAUUGCUUGCAAAUACUUCUGAUUCCUGCUUGCUUUUUCUAACUUGGGUGUAAUCCGUGGGAUGAUAGCUUCCCAGUUCACUGCUUUUCUUAAAAGCAGCAACCAAACUUUGCUGUAUGCAAACAGAAAUAAAAACAGGCUUUUCAUGCAUGUUUCCCUUCAGAGGUUCUCCUGGCAAACCACAUAUUUAACUUAAUUUGUCACACAUAUAAUACGUUACUCCUUAGUUUGCUAUGUGUUUCUUUCAGUAAAUGAAGCUCCUCUUGUAAUGGGUUAAAAACUCAGGAAUAAGAAACAACAAUGGCUCUAAGAACAGGAAAUCACACCACUAUUUGUCCUGCUAUAUGCCUUUUCUAAAAUGAAUGAACUAGUCUCCCACAGUGUCUCAAAAAUAGAGGUAUCUAGAAAUUGGUGUUCAGGACUUGUGAGUACAAGGUUCACUUGAAUAGUUGCAAUGCUGUCUUAACUUUUAUCCCUCUAUGAAGCUAAUGUGAGAAUCUGGUUUUGGAUUUUAUGCUUAUACUGUUUAACUGUAUUUAUUUAUAAGAUAUUUUAACUGUGUAAGAUACAUUCAUACUAUUUCUUUCAGCUGAUGAAGUACCAUGCUCCUUCUUAAUCUGUUAAGAGCAGCUUAUAGGGAAAAAAAAAGGGCGUUUUUAAGAAACAUGUAUUACCUAAACUUUAGAUUCAGGGUGCAUGGGAUUACCAAGCUAAAUCUGGGUUUCUUGAACCAUUGCACGUAGCUGUAACUUCUGAUUAAUGUACAUACAGGUACUCCUUAUGAACUCCAUGACUGAUAAAUGUUCAAGAUCUUUCAUGAUUGUUUGUAAACAUAUUCAAGUGAACCUUAAGCAUUUGUAAAACUAAUCAAGCAUUUUCUAUAAAGCACGAGACAAACUUUUGUUAUCUUCUGUAUGGCUUCUCUUUUAGUGCUAAGAUUUAUUGUGUUAAAAAAAAAAAGACUGGCUAGAAAACACGACUAUUGCAUUGCUAAAACUUUGGGAUUUGUGAGGGCUGGUGGCUUAGGAAAGGUUGGUUGUAUACAGUAUAUUGUGACUAAUCUUCCAUUUUUAGAGCAAGCUUUACUAAAGAUUAAUCUGCCGAAUAGUUCAAUUGAUACAAAUAUAUCCACUUACAAAAAGUUAAGGAUUCUUUUGCUUAUGAAAAGGGAGUCCCAGUUAUUUCAAUAGUUACUUCUAGGUGGAUUUUUGAUACAUAUGGUUAUCGCUUGUAUUCCCUGUGAGGUCGGAAGACUGUUCGUGAGAAGGUAAUGUCACUCACCUGGCUUUUACUUUUCACGGCUAAGUUGGAACUGAUUUCUAUUAGUAUCUUUCUUUUUAAACAUUUGCAUAUUGAAUACAUAAAUAUUACAACAGAAUUACUAGAUUAGGUCAGUCGUGGUUUCUACUGAGAACUGAGAAAGUGUUUUACCUUGGGAAAACCAGCGUUUUUUAGGCUUGGAUGAUUUUUUUUUUUGGUCUGUUAACUGUCUGUCUUAUUACCAUCAAACUCUUAAAGAAUUUUUAAGAUCCUAUUGCACCAGCAACGAAUGAUUAAAACACCAACUUUAAACAAGUUUGUACCAAAUGCUAUUACAACAUGUUGUGGAACUACAGGUGUACAGUGAAAGCAAGCAGUAUUAUUUUUGAGCUUUAUUUAGUCUAGGGAUAGUGUUUAAAGAACAUUAAUUUGUGACUUCAGCCUUGCACUUAAAUGGUAAAUGGUUUUGUAUUUGAAUGCAACAUUUGUUCAAAUGUCUUUCUUGUACUGCUUGUUAAUUUUUAACAGGAUUUGCUUUGCUUCUCCCACAUCCUCUUUUGGUCUAUUUUCAUUUCAUGCAGAAUUCUUGUUUGCUGUUCUCAUGUUUCAUAGCGCUGUACAUGAAAAUGUGUACAUCUUAUUUCAAAAGUGCUUUUAACUUAUUUGACAUGAUGUCUGACCUUGGUUUGUUGCUUUUUUAAACCAUUUCAUUUGUAAUGUCAGUAAUCAAAUUGAUCAUUUACAAUGUCAUCAACACUACUAAGUUAAACAGCAACAAAUAGCCUAAGUUUCAGCUUCUCUGCUUUAAGUGACCAUUCUAAAAUCUUAUUUCCAAGAUGAUACUUAUAAAUUUAUUUUCACAAAUGUGGUUAGGUGUUUUCUAAACUAGUGAUACCCUGUUUAUAAAUCUUAUGAAAGACAUGUUGCUAUUCUAGAGUAUUGUACUUAAGUCUUGUUACAGUGUUAGUUUUUCCUUUUUCUAGUACUGUCUUGGCUCUUUUGAAAUGUUUUGAACUAGUAAUUAAACUUUUAUUUUGUGA